UGGCUCACGAUCCCGACCUCCUCCGUCACGCCGAUGCGACCAUUUGCCCCUACCUUCCUUCCAUCGCAUCGCGCUUUCGCUGAUUCCUGCCAAUCUAGUUGCCGAGCUCGUGCCAACGAGCAUUUACGCGAAUAGCAUAGUGGAGGGGUCGGUACGCACCGUGCUCGUCCUCUGGAAAAGCUUGAAACGCGUGUGGUGGUGAAUGUGUUCGCGAGAAGGCCUGGAUUGCUGAAGUAUCCUGCGCGUCCUGCUGAUAAGCAACAGUUGGGAUUGCGUCGCAAGGAACAACUGGAGAAUUUGCGAGUAUAGGUACUAGGGUUGAGUUGAGCAGUGAGGUUCAUGGAAUGCAUGGUGACGAGAGAAGAUUGCAAGUAUUAUGAUAACCUGAGGUGAAGGUUGGCGGAAGCGUAAGUAGUGGAGAGGGUUUUUUCGAGGGCAAUUACGAUACAUUGCUCCUCGUUAGCUUGGAGCUUAGUUGUAGUAGAGAUGCUUAGGCGGAUGGUGAGGAAGGCGGUGCAGGCAAGCAAAUCGCUUCCUGGUGCAGAAAUCCGUGGAUCGGGCGUGCUCACAGUAUUUUCAAGGAGCGGCAUUGACAUAGCGUUGGAAAAUGCGAGUGGGAAUCAGUGGAGGUUGCUUGGGAAUCAUCACAAUUUUACCUUUAAAUCAUGUGGGGAUGUAAGACCAUGUGGCGAUUCUGCGCUAGACUUAUUGCACAAGCAUGGUGCAGAGGAAAAUUUCAGAAGAUGCUUAUAUACCAGAGCUCGUCAGCACAACGCUGGGUCUCCUUCGAUAACACCUGGAUUAUACUCACAUUCACCGCCAUCUUCUGUCGAUGGCUCGAAGAGCAAGCCUUCCAAGGGUAGUAAACUUGACAUGCCAGUGAAAGUUGAUCCAGAGAUAAUUGUGGCUGAUGCAAGGAUUCUGAGAUCGCUAGCAUCAUACUUGUGGCCCAAGGACAACCCUGAAUUUCGUAGGAGAGUGGCUUUUGCUUUGAUCCUCCUCGUUGGUUCCAAGGUGUUGAAUGUGCAAGUUCCCUUCAUGUUCAAGUAUGCUGUUGAUGCUUUGUCCACUGCUGCUGGAGCAACCGGGGCAACAGCUGUAGCAUCAUCCUUGCUAUUUGUUACACCAACAGCGGUUCUUCUUGGAUACGGAAUUGCUCGAACUGGUGCUUCGGCAUGCAACGAGCUGCGAAACUCGGUGUUUGCCAAGGUCGCCCAAGGCACAAUACGGACUGUGGCUCGCAAGGUAUUUAUGCAUCUUCACGACCUGGAUUUGAGCUAUCACUUGAGUCGACAGACAGGAUCGCUUAAUCUCAUAAUUGAUAGAGGCACUCGAGCUAUCAACUUUAUUCUCUCUUCCAUGGUUUUUAAUGUGGUGCCGAUUCUUUUAGAGAUAUCAAUGGUGGCUGGAAUACUGGCAUACAAAUUUGGAGCUCCAUUUGCAUGGAUCACGUCUCUUACCGUGGCUGCUUAUACUCUUUUCACAUUGUCUGUAACGCAGUGGCGGACCAAAUUUAGACAGGAUAUGAAUAAAGCUGACAAUGCAGCUAGUUCACGUGCGACAGACUCUCUUAUCAACUAUGAGACUGUGAAGUAUUUUAACAAUGAAGAACACGAAGCAAACAGAUAUGAUGACUUCCUUAAAAAGUAUGAAGAUGCUGCUUUGAAAACUCAAACAAGCUUGUCGUCAUUAAAUUUUGGACAGAACGCAAUCUUUAGCGCCGCUCUGUCUACUGCCAUGAUUAUGUGUAGUCAGGGUAUUCUCGAUGGAACAAUGAGCAUAGGAGAUUUGGUGAUGGUGAAUGGUUUGCUGUUCCAGUUAUCACUACCGUUAAAUUUCUUGGGUACAGUAUACAGGGAAACACGUCAGAGUCUGAUAGAUAUGCACUCCAUGUUCUCUUUACUUGAGGUGAAAGCAAGCGUUGCCGAUGGACCUUACGCGAAGCCUCUACAGUUAAAAGGUGGUACCAUUUCUUUCGAUAACGUACAUUUUGGGUAUCUUACAGACAGGUCCAUUCUCAAUGGAAUCUCGUUCGAUGUUCCUGCUGGAAAUAGUGUGGCUAUUGUCGGCACUAGUGGGAGUGGAAAAUCUACAAUUUUGAGGUUGCUCUACAGAUUUUUCGACUGUGACUCUGGAUCACUCAAAAUUGAUGAUCAAGAUGUGCGUGAUGUGACCCUCGACAGACUACGGAGUUGCAUGGGUGUUGUCCCCCAAGAUACGGUUUUAUUCAAUGAUACAAUUUUCUACAAUAUUCAGUAUGGCCGAAUGACGGCCUCCAAAGAAGAGGUGAUUGAGGCAGCUAGGCAGGCAGCUAUUCAUGACGUCAUUAUGAGGUUUCCGGAUCAAUACGAAACUCGAGUUGGAGAACGAGGCCUGAAGCUUAGUGGAGGGGAGAAGCAGCGUGUUGCAUUAGCUCGAGCUUUCUUAAAAGCGUCCCCUAUAUUACUUUGUGAUGAAGCAACAAGUGCGCUGGAUAGUUCAACUGAGGGAGAAAUCCUGGCCUCGUUGCGAUCUUUGGCUAGCAACCGAACCGCAAUCUUCAUUGCCCAUCGGCUGACUACAGCGAUGCAGUGUGAUGAGAUUGUCGUUUUGGAAGAAGGUCGUGUUGUGGAGAGAGGCAGCCAUGAGGUUUUGCUUGGGAAUAAUGGCCGAUACGCCCAACUCUGGAAUCAACAGAACAUCAUCGACGGAGGUUCUGAUGUUGACAAACUCAACGAAGCAUUUUAGUUGUUUUCAAAUAUCUUCACGAAUCCAUGAUUACAGUGAUUCCAUGGUUUUUUGUAGAAGCGUCACUUUUGAUAGCCUUGCAUAAGAUGACAGAAGGUAUCAUCUUUCAAUACCUUUGCUGUUGAAUGAAUAUCCGCUGUGAAAGGUGCAGUGGUGAAUUCCUUGAUUCUUUUUACCAUUAGAAAUGUUGGAGACUGUAUAUAGUGUUCUCAGAACACGAGAAAAUGGGUUCUGAAAUUCAGAAAGCAUUUCUUGGGACUAGAGUUUUCUGGGAUGAGAGUUGAAUCUCCUUAGAUCCUGGAUUGAGAAAGUUCUCUUGAGCAGUUAUAAGGCAUCAAAUCACCAAAUUCACAUGGUGAUGAAUUGUUUGAGAAAACUUCACAAAAUCUUGUUUUCUCGGCCAAGUAAAUCUGGUUUCAAACUCU